AGUCUUGAUGUCGUUCACAUAAAAAACAAUCGACCGUGUUGCGAAAAACAGAAAAUCAAACGCGCACCGGAAGUGCGUUAGUCCGCUACGAAAUAAGAGAGCAAACGCUUGUAGUCGUCCAUCAUGGUGUUUCAUCCCGGCGACUUGUCCGCGACGUCCGGCGGGGCUGGGACUCCCGCCGCAAUGCUUUUGACGGAGCCGGAACAUCAGCGUCACACGACGAAGAAAGAAUCUUCCGGCAUCAACGGCACCUCCAGCCCCUUGGACAACGCCACGUCGCAGCAGGGCUCUGCCCGCCCGCAGAAGGUGGAGAUCUUCAUCGACGGUAAGAUUGUCGACGCGACCAGCUACGCGAAGAAGCACCCGGGCGGGCGGAUUUUGGAGUUCAUGGCGGGGACCGACGGGACGGACGCGUUCGCGCAGUUCCACCACCGGUCGGAGAAAGCGGCCAAGAUUUUGGCGAAGCUCCCGCAGCGGGACCCGGUGGACGAGGCGGAAAAGCGGGCGUUUGUCAACGUGGGGAACCAGGCACUGCUCGCGGACGUGCGGGCGCUCGAGGCGGAGUUGGACGCCGAAGGGUACUUCAAACCCUCGCCGCGGCACGCGGCUUACCGGGUUGCGGAAAUCGUGGUUAUGCACCUGGUCGGGCUGGUCUUUUUGUUUGCCGCGGGGAAAAGUGAAGAGAUUGGUCAAGACAACUUUUCCCGCACGGCCACUGCUUUGUCGACGGUCGCGACCACGGCUUUUUCGACGUUUUUUCUCUUCCUCGGCCUGGUCACGCUCGGCGUCGCGCAAGGCCGCUGCGGGUGGCUGCAGCACGAGGGCGGGCACUACUCGCUGACCGGCUACAUGAAGCUCGACAAGCGGCUGCAGCAGUGCAUCUACGGGUUCGGUUGCGGAAUGGCUGCGUCCUGGUGGGUAUGCUAGAAGAAAGCAUCGCAUUACUCUGACUUUCAUCGCAAAUGCUAAUGCGGUUUCUCAGUAGGAACAAAAAUCAAAUUUUUAUAUGCUAACAGAGGUAAAAAGAUAGAUCUUUCUAGAAUUGUUUUGAAGCUGUGCGGGCGCAAUGAAUUUGUGCGAUUGUGCGAUCCUUUCACAAAGGAUACUUCUCCAACCAGCACAACAAGCACCACGCGACGCCGCAGAAAAUCGGUUACGAUGUGGAUUUGAACACCCUGCCGCUGGUCGCCUUCCACACCGGUGCGGUAACGGACACGAAAGCCGGGCAGAAGCUCGCCGCAGGGACGAGGAAUAAGAAAUCGUCGAAGCAGGUGGAGCAGCAGCUGACCGCUUGGGCGAACUACUGGCUGAAAAACCAGGCGUACCUUUUUUCCCCGCUCAUCUGCCUCCUGGUCGCGCUGUUCUGGCAGCUGUACCUGCACCCGCGGCACGCGAUGCGCACGCAGAACUACAUGGAGCUGGUCUGGAUGGCCUGCCGGUACGGCUGCACGUUCGCGUUUUUGCUCUCCACCCUGCAGUGGUCGGUGUUCGGGAGUGUGGUCUUCUACGUCGCGUACGUUCAACUCGGGAGCAGCUACAUCUUCACGAACUUCGCGGUGUCCCACACGCACUUGGACGUGGUUCCCGAGACCGACCACCGGAACUGGGCGGAGUACGCAGCGGACCACACCAUGAACUGUGACAAUCACUUCUUGACCAACUGGUGGAUGAGCUUCUUGAACUUUCAGGUAGAAAAAUGUUUAUCAAAACCGAUACCGAGUUUCUUGCAAGGACUAAAAAUCGAUUUUCUUCUUCUUGACGGAAAUUAUGUGCGAAUGGUAAUUUAUUGUUUGAUGGCAUCAACAACUACAAACGACUCAGAUCGAGCACCACCUGUGGCCGCAGAUGCCGCAGUUUCGUUUUCCCGAGGUUUCGCCCCGGGUCCGCGCGGUGUUUGAAAAGCACGGUAAGGAGUACAAGAGCUUACCUUACUGGGAAGCAAUCCGGAUCACGUUGAAGAAUUUGGACGACGUCGCUCAAGAGGCUUUGGAGAUGACGCGGGCGAAGAUCGACUAGACCGGCAGGGGAUGGACGUUGACGGGCUCGGACUUUUUUGCUAGAUUUCGCACAGGCAUGCUGGCACAGCAGAAUCAGAAUUUAUCUUCUAAUUUUUAGAGAAAAACAUUUACAUUACGACGACACAGGCAUUCUACGCAAGUACUACAGCGAAUACAAACAUGAUUGCUACAGCAAGUACUACAGCUGGAAAGUUUUUUGCAACAUCUCCCAAGCACCACGAGCUACUUCCAAGAAAUUUAUUUUUUUGCCAACAACAUCAUCCACUUUUUGUUGAAACACACCUUAACCACGCUUAGGAUUUUUGAACAGACGAAGGGAAAAUCGCUACACCGACACAAACCGUAUGCAGCAAACCUGUCGUAAGACAAAUUUUCCGUGUCGACACAAAAUAUCUGAGACAAGAU